AAUAAAUUAUUUUGAUUUUGUGAAGACGUGAAAGAAUAUUGUACUCUCCCAGCAGAGAACGAGAAUUCGAUAAUUCUCUUCGAUUCCACACUAUAAUCAAUAUGACUGAUUCAUUGAAUUGACUUCAGAGAUGACAUUGCAGUUGCAAGAAUUGAUGAGACAAUCUGAUGAAAAGAUCGAAGUUUUGGAGCUUCAAUCUCGACUCGAAUUGGCUCAACAAGCUUCGGAUCUCACUGAUCGUCUUCAUGAAGACUUGAGAGCUUCGGAUGCCAGGGUUCAAGAAACGUUCAAGUUUCUGCUCUUCCAACCGAGAAAUCAGAAGAAGAUGGAAUAAAUAAAGCUCGUGAUUAACUUGAUGCUGCUUUUAAAUAAAAUUUUAUUCGAAUUUA